AUGGAAGAGAAAACAGUGGCUCUCUCUCCCGACUCUGCUGCUAAUGCUAAUCACCAAACCCAAAACAAGUCAUCAAUGGAUCCACCGGAAGUUCAAGCGAAUGCUUUAGGGCCCGGGGAAGGGUCAGGUUGGACUGCAACCAGUAAAGAAAUCGUUAACAAGAGAGGAAGGGGGAGGCCAAGGAAGUACGAGCAUGGUAUUCCAAUCAUUAAUGGCUCAUUGGAAGCUUUCCCACUACCAACGGCGUCCUAUUGUUCGACAAAAAGACCUCGGGGACGGCCUAAGGGUACUGGCAAGUUUCAGGGUUUGGCUUCUUUUGGUGAAUAUAUGGACACUGCUGGAGGAAGCUUUACACCUCAUGUACUGCCAGUGUACGAAGGAGAGGAUCUUGCUAAUACGAUAGUAUCAUUUUGUGGAAGGGCUUCUCGUUCAGUUUGUGUUCUUACUGCUAGUGGUGCUGUCUCCAGUGUCACCCUAUGUGCGCCUGGUUCUUCUGUUGGUACUCUGACAUAUGAGGGACGCUUUGAAAUUCUUACUCUCAGUGGUUCUUCUGUUGUGUCCGGUGAACCGGGGACUCGUCGGAGAACCGGUCUUUUGAGUGUUUCAUUGGCUAAUCCUCAUGGACGAGUUUUUGGUGGAAGUGUUGAAGGUCCACUGAUUGCAGCUGGCCCUGGACCUAUCCAACUAAUUGUUGCCAGUUUCAAGCAAAACAUUGGUCGGGAAAUCCGAAGGAAGUAUUGUGGAGGAACUUCAGCAUCAGCCAAAAUUUUUGCCAGUUCAGAAAUGGUGAAUGCUCCCAUUAAUCAAGUUUCUGCAAUGGCAGAAGACCAUGAGAAGUGUACUUCACCACCCCCAGUAGCAGUUAUUAUGAAAGCAGAUAGCCUGAAAUCCAAUACCAUUGUAGCUGAAAACAAUAACAUCAACCCCACUUCACUACAAAGUAUUGAUCCAAACAACUUGCAGAAAGCAGAGAAUUUGAUAGCUGAAAACCAUGACUUUAGCUCUCAAAAAAUGGCAGGUUCAAACAACUUGCAGACCUCACCAGUCCAACAGCCCGUAUCUGAUGAAAUGAUGAUUGAUAACUCCGGACACUAAAGAUGUCUGUGAGAUGCAUGCAAAGGAGUAUGAUUAGUGACAUACACAGGCCUUUUUUCCAUGGACUAUGGUUCUUAAUAAACUAAAUUUGGGAAGUAUAUUGUUGUUGUUUAAGUAGCAUGUAGUUUUAUUUAGAUUAACCCACUGGCUGAGGCUUAUUUAGUAAUGAGCUGAGAUCAAACAUCUGGUCCCAACUUUUAUCGACUCUCUCAUGUUGUAUCUCUUAUGCUCAUGGGAUAAAAGAAGGGAUAAUUUUGUGUUGUUGAAUAUUUGAUCUACUAGCAAUUUCCCAUUUCA